CAAAGACAUUAUUAUACAACACCCUUGAUCCGAACCACUUCCUUCCAGCCUCAAAGACCCAAAUCUUCACCCGUCUGACCCACUGCCUUGUGGAUAGUUCAACCACAUUUUCCUCGGCGUUUAAUCGCCGCUAACCAGCGACUUUAAUGGUCAUGGACAACGCCAAAUCCACUGGAUCACAGCCAAAGUCAAGGAAAACUUGUUGCGUUAAGAAAACCGCGAAAACGCAAAUAGAAAAAACCCGUUUGCUCCAAAUGAAAGGGAAAACAAAUGGAGAUGUUGGGAAAGAGGCAAAGCAGGAGGAGGAGCUGACUGGACAACUCGUCUGGAUGAGGCUAUUAUGUCAUCGGCAUCGCCAUUGCCAUUGCGGAAAGCGGUGGGAUGGACUUUGUUUUGAUGAUAACUCCGCUGGUUCCGGUUUGGUUUGGGAUUUUGCUGUUUCAUGCGAUCAAAGUGGAGCUACCAUCGAUUUUUGGCAUCCAAUUGGGGCUUUAACAUGGGGCCACACUCGCGGAUCGCCCAUUUGAAGGCUGGCACCCGAGCUGCAAAGACGUGACAGGACAACAGUUUAGUCCAAAGGAUGGGUUUCAGAAUCGUGCUAUUAGCUGCCACCGGCCUGGGAGCCAUGUACAUGAUGCAUCUUUUGGCCCAGGAUUGGGUUAAGAUCCGACCCAUCCGGGGAAUAACCCAACUUGCCGGUAUGGCCGCACAACCAAUUCAACAGGUUAUUGCUCCCAUCCAACAAGCCAGUGGAGCUCUGAAUCUAUUUCGAAGCAGAAGAGAGGCGAAUUUGAAUCAUGAACUGGGUUGGGUGCGAAGGACUCAGGAUUCGGGAGGAGGAAGUGGAAAGGUUGGUGCUGCAGGAGGAGUGGUCCACAGACCGCAUCCCGCCAUCGAUUGGAAGAGGAUCCUGUCAAGGGAUCCCUUCGAGUGCCUUCAGUCCCUGAUCUGUCAGCUUAUGUCCGGAGCUGAAGCGAAAGUUCCAGAGGCUGAGCUGCUCAUGGAUUACCUGGAAUCAUCGGUGGAGAUGGCUCCGGUUAAGAUAGGCCGCGCCUUCAGUCGAGGAUUGGCACUGAGGGGUUCCCCGGAGCUCUGCUUUACCGAGUAUCCCUUUUGCCUUUACUCCGCCAAAACGAUGUUGCGCAUCCUGCGGUGGUUCAGUGAAACGGGGGAAGUCCCCGUGGAGGAAGUGGCUUAG